GUUAUAGACGAGUUAGAGGACCAGAUGAGUGAUGGAGGAAACAUUAUUGAUUAUCAUGGUUGUGAAUUCUUCCCUGAACGAUGGUUUGAUAUAGUAUUUGUACUCAGAACAGACAACACAAUAUUGUACGACAGACUAGAACAAAGAGGAUAUGCAGGAAAAAAGUUAUCCAAUAACAUUGACUGUGAAAUUUUUCAAACCAUUCUGGAAGAAGCGAGAGAAAGCUACAGCAAGGAAAUUGUUCAUGAACUUCCAAGUAAUACUCCAGAGGAUAUGGAACGCAAUCUUGAACAAAUACAGCUGUGGUUGCAACAGUGGAGAAGCUAACUGUUUGAAACUGAGGUUUGAAAAAGACUGCUGAAUUUGUCCAGACCUGUAAAGUAUUGGUACCACAGAGGUGUAUAGAUGGCACAGUGGGGUUGACAGAUCAUGACAUUCUCUUUUCCUCCUGAUGACUUUCUCCUUCAGUGUUCUUACAAUAGAGUACCGAAGUGUGACGUCAUGGAAAACCAAAUUUUGCUUUUGAYGAUUUUUGAUCCUCGAUUUCAAGAGAACAUCAAGGAAGACGUUAACAAGCCAAAUUUCAAGAAUAUAGGUUAAAAAGCCACCUAGAUAUGGCAGUUUGAAUAUAUAAUUUCCCCAUACAAAUCACUCUAUUUCAGCAAUGAUCCAGGGUUAAAAUACAGUGAUUUGUAUGGAGAAAUUAUAUAAUUAUUCAAAUGACUAUAUCUUCGUCAAAUUUGCUUGUGAACAUCUUUCUUGAUGUCCUAUCAAAAUCCAGGAUCAACAUUAUAUGAUACAGUGAAAAUAAUAUUUUGUGAUGUCAUCACUUCAGUACUCUAUUACAUUAUGAAUGUAUAGUCAGAUACCAAGAGGUAAGGUACUCAGGUGAAGCUGCAAGGGAGGGUACCCACCCCUUCUGACCAUGURCUAGAACUUUAAAGUACCACAGAUAAACAAAAAAAUUAUAAGUUUAUAAAACUAUUAUGUUGGUUAGUUUGUUUUUGUUAUUGCAAGAUGUUUCCACAGCCCUUCUGACUGUGCUAGAACUUUGAAGCACUACAAAUAAACAAAAAAGUUAUAAAUUUAUAAAACUGUUAUGUUGGUUAGUUUGGUUUGAUUAUUGCAACAUGUUUAUGUUCAAGUGGUAAUGUUGGUUCUGCUUAUUCCUGUACAUUUAAUAUUGUCUCAAAAUUUUGUGGAAAGCAUUUUAUUUGCUAGAAUGAUUUCACUUGGCUUAUGAAACAAAGUUGUAUAAUAGGUUUGCAUGAUGGCAUCAUUGACCUCUACCACCAGAAUCCAACUUUCUUUUGUCAAGUUACUUAGCACCAAUCAAGUUACUAUUCUUAUGAGGGAAUACAAAUUUAAAUAAGAAAGAAAAUUUGCAAAAAUGAUGUUUAUGGUAGUGCAAGUCAAAUGACACCAUCAUGCAAGCCUACUACUUUGUAUCAAGCCAAGUAAAAUCACUUUAUUCAUACUUUCCCAAAACUUUACUGGUUUGUCCUGUCAAUAUUUAUCCCACAGGGAGCCCAAUUUAGAUAAAAGUAAUAGGUGAAAAUAAAAUCAGAGAAAUUAAAUAAUUAUUUUUUUAAAUUCGAGGUCAAGAUAAUGUCCUCCAUAAUACAAAAGAGUAAAAAGUCAAUAAAAAAUGUGCUAGAACUUUUUUUUGCUCAUGCCUUUGUUUUAAUAUAUAUAAUUCCCCUAUGGUAUCUAAUGUUGUCCAUAUGUAUAAAUACUCUUACCAUCUCUGAUUUUAUUUUCACUUUUAUCUAAAUUGGACUCCCUAUGAUAUCACAUUUCUUUUCAUUUUCCCAAUGGAAGUUCCAUGUUCUCCGUGUGAGGGAUGGUUUUCACUUGCAAAGUGAUCACAAGCAUAAAUAAAGAUUUUUUUAAGUGUUUUAAAUUGAAGAAAAAAUUUAAAAAGAGAGAAAAAAGUAUUUUAWAUUUUUUUCAAGACCUUGAACGAACUUGUCAUGAUGAAUGUACUGUAUUGACAGUAUCUACAGAAAAUCAACCUACGUCCCUCCGAUGUUGGUUAGAAAUGAUGAGUGUGGAGAGACGGGGCUGCCAUUUAAAGUGGUCAUCUGAGCCACUUGAAAGUCUAACCAUUUGCAUUUACCCUUCUCAAAUUUAUCUUGAAAGUGAAGCUAACAUGAAAAUACAAAAGUAAUGCCUUGCUUCAGUGAUAAUUAUUUUAUUUUAUUUUUUAAAAUCUAAAAAAAAACCUAUGCACCUUUUAGGAGCAUAACAAAUUCUUUAUUACAUAAAUAUUUUGAUUAAAGCAAGUGGUUUAAAAUACUUUACCUAAGUAAGCAUUCUAUAACUAUAUUUAUGUACAGGAAUGAGCUUGCAAUGUUACAAAAGUAAAUAAUUGUGUAGAAAACUGAUGUAAUAAACACACCUUGAUUUGUA